AUGGAUUGGCUAGCUCAUUACCAUGCUCAAGUAGAUUGUAGGAUGAAGGUGGUAGAGUUUUGCAUACCAGGUGAGGCAACUUUAAAGUUAGACGUAAGGGGUAUGUUAGCCUCAUCUGCGCUCAUUUCAGGAAUAAGGGCUAGGAAAUUGGUUAGUCAUGGGGCACGCAGUUAUUUAGCUUUUCUAGUUAACACUCCGGGAGAAAAGAUUAAAUUGGAAGACAUGCCGAUAAUCAGUGAAUAUCCGUACGUAUUUCCGGAGGAGUUGGGGUCACUGCCACCCGAAAGGGAGAUUGAAUUUAAGGUUGAUCUAGUACCCGGAACUACUCCCAUUUCGAAAAUCCCUUAUCGAAUGGCACCUGCUGAGCUUAAGGAGUUAAAGGUGCAAUUGCAAGACUUGCUAGAACAGGGAUUCAUACAUGAGAGCGAGUCACCAUGGAGAGCUCUAGUGCUAUUUAUUAAAAAGAAGGAUGGGAGUUUAAGACCCGGCGAAAGUGGAAGAUGUAGCCAAAUGGAAGCGGCCAGAGAAUCCCACAGAGGUACGAAGUUUUCUAGGAUUAGCAGGGUACUACCGCCGAUUUAUAAAGAACUUCUCGAGAAUUGCGGGACCCUUGACUAA